CUGCGAGCCAGAUCUGUCCUGUGGCGCGAUGGAGAGGGCGGCGCUUUGCCCAUGAGCCUCCUUCCCAGGAGAAGGCAAGGAAACGCUGCCAGCCAACUCUGUUUCUGUAGAAGAUCCGGCCCCUUUCGGCUGUGACUCAACGCCUCGAUCUGCGUAAGGAGGGAUGGACAGCUCCCAAGCCGUCCUUAUCAGGUGGCUAUAAAAGAAACGUUUGGGAUCCUGCUCUGACAGUUUGCCGGCUGCUUCAGGUGUGUCUGGAGGGCACGCUCUCCCAGCUCUGCCAGACUCCCGUCCAAGAGAAGCGCCGAGGCCACAGAGAUUUAGAGAAUGGAGGAAGCAGCUGUGAAAGAGAAAGAGAUGGAAACGAACGAAGAGGAAGACGCAGCCCUCAUUGAGUUCUACAGCUCCUUCAAGGACCUCUUUGAGUUCUUCUGCUUGAACACCACCAUCCACGGCACCAUCCGCCUGGUCUGCUCGAGUCGGAACAAGAUGAAGACUGCCUUCUGGACCCUCCUGUUCCUUGCCAGCUUUGCCAUGUUGUAUUGGCAAUUUGCUCUCCUUUUCAGCCAGUACUGGGCCUACCCUGUGGUCAUGUCGAUGUCUGUUCACUCCGCACCAAAGAUGUUUCCCGCCAUCACCCUCUGCAAUCUGAAUCCAUACAGGGUCAACAUAGUCAGAAAAAAUAUGGCCGAGCUGGAUAAUCUGGCCAGGGAAACCCUUUAUACUUUAUAUGGCUUCAACAUCCCAGAGAAAAUACUGGAAGACAACGUGAGCAUCAGCAUGGAGGAUUGGUCAAAUGGAGACCCCAGUAAAGCCAACAACUCCAACUUCCAACUGGACCACAGCAUCGCUCUGGUGAAAAUAGGUGAAAAAGUGGGCUUCCGGAUGUGCAAUGCAACCGGCGGGGAAUGUUACACGAAGGCAUAUUCAUCCGGAUUGGACGCCUUCCAGGAAUGGUACCGUUUCCACUACAUGAACAUCAUGUCCCAGGUUCCACCCAUCAUCAAUGUUUCAAGUGAGGAGAACCACAUCGACAAAUUGGUCUAUGCUUGCCAGUAUAACGGGGAGCCUUGCGGAUCCAGCGACACAGAACACUUUCAUCAUCCUGUCUACGGGAGCUGUUACACUUUUAACAAAGAUGGGACAGACACGUUCUGGACAGCUUUGAAGCCUGGGAUCGCUUAUGGUCUGUCCCUUAUCCUCAAAAUAGAGCAAACGGACCACAUCCCUUUGCUGUCCACCAAGGCGGGCGUGAAGGUGAUGAUCCACAACCACUUUCAGACGCCGUUCUUGGAGCACGAAGGGUUUGAUAUUCAACCGGGGAUUAAGAGCAGCAUCGGGAUCACGCAGGAUGAGGUCACUCGCUUAGGCGGGAAUUAUGGCGAGUGCACAAACUCCGGAGAGAACGUCAACGUCAAACUCAUGUACAACGACACGUAUACGCAGCAGGCAUGUUUGAAUUCCUGCUUCCAGCAUCACAUGAUUGAGAAGUGCGGCUGUGGAUAUUAUUAUUACCCUCUGCCUGCCGGGGCAGAGUACUGCAACUAUAACAAGUACCAUGCCUGGGGCCACUGCUUCUAUCUUUUGCACAAUCAACUCUACAACCAGGUUGACAGGCACCAGCAAAGUUGUUUUAAAGAAUGCCACAGACCAUGCAAAGAGACCUGGUACAAACUUUCAGCAGGAUAUUCAAAGUGGCCAUCAAGCAAAUCUGAGAAAUGGAUUCACAAAGCUUUGAAUGCUCAGAACAGUUACGAUAUCACCAGCGGCAGGAAAGAUAUUGCCAAAGUGAAUAUUUACUACGAGCGACUAGACUACAAUUCUUGGAACGAAUCUGCCGAAUUUACUGAAACUUUGGUGAUGUCCAACAUGGGAAGUCAAUGGAGUCUCUGGUUUGGGUCGUCGGUGCUGUCAGUGGUUGAGAUGUUUGAGUUCCUCGUGGACGCCGCCAUCUUAUCCCUCAUCUUCUUCUAUCGGCGGCUUACGGCCAAGAGGACACACAAGGUGUCUCGCCCUCCUAGAAUCCCGAGCGUGAGCUUGACUUUGGAGAAAUACCGAUAUGUGGAGGAAGGCCUAGCCACCGACCAAGAUAUGGUUAAGCAUUACGACAAUUACGGCAAUGACUCCAUUGGCCAAAAUCAUGGACUCCCUCCGUACCCAAAAUAUAAUAAGUACCAGAUGCCAGAACUCUACCCGGGCGUGGUGCUGAAUGGGUUUAAGCACCGAAAAGAGUAUUGCAUAGAUAUCGGUCCCAACAGCUAAGGACAUUCAAAGAGAGUAGGAAGUAUCUUCAAGAACUACAAGGCCUGCCUUCCUAAUCUUGAGGGAUAGCUGCUUUCAGGGGGAUCGAGGCCAGUAUAGGAAGUUGUGACCUCCGACCCUGGGAAUGCUGACUCCAGAAGUACAGGACUGACAGGAUUCGGCAUCCAAUAGGAGACAGAGUUUACUUCCCCUUUUCUCUUCUGAACGGCCCUGUGGUAAGCAAGAUGGCGCUGGGGAAUCAAGGAAGUGUUCUGUGAUACGAACUAAGCAAUGGACAUCAAAUCCCUGUCGUAUUCGGGGCAGCGUCCAAUCUAAGCUUAGCCCAGACAAGCACUGACCAUUUCUUUCUGAUUGGUUCCUGGAUCGACUUGAAGGCCCCCUUUCCUCAUAUUUGUCCUGCGGUGUUGUUCUGUCCUGUUGUGUCCGACCUGUGGCCUCCUUGCAAGAAUCACAAACAACGUUCUCUUUUUGUGUGUCUGAGGUGGGGGAGGAAGAGAAUAGAGCACCUGGCGGUCGUCCAGUUCCCUAUAAAACGAUGUGAGCGUAGCUCGUAGUUGAAGAUCUCCUGAGGAAACCAGAUUCAACUGGGCAUCCCUGGGAGAAGAGGCUGGACCGUCAACAUUUCACAGGUGUCCCUGAGUUAAAUGUUAAACCGCCCACGUAUUAAAAAAUGUCUCUGGCACACCUUUACGAGCAUAUGUUCUGUUCUGUCUGUGUUAACGGCACCUUUGGGAUCUCAGAAGGAUGCAAUAAGACUUGACCAUACUCAUUGUAAUGUCCGGAACACCUCGUCUGUUGAACAGUGAGCUGUUUCCUGUUGGAGGUCACCCAUGAAGUCUAUGGCAAGGGCUAGGUUUUUAACGCUGCGUCUGUCCUUCCUCUUUUAAAAUGUGAAGUUCUGGGUUUUUGAAUGGAGUUCUCUAAGCAGAAGAGGAAAAGUGGAGCUCAUGUGGUGCAGAAUGGGUGCCAAUGGACUAUGCAGUCUAUCCUAGCAAGCCACCUGCUACUGUCCAUGCUCAGCCUACAGUGCCCCCUUCAGGUGAGAAGGGAAUCGCACUGUGCCGCAUCAGCUUCUGUGAGUGGCUGGCAGUACGAAAGGUCCUGAUUGGCUGUAUUUCAUCUCUGAAAUUAGUCACGGGACACUUUUCAGUCUUAAGUUUCGUUGGUGUAUUGGAAGCCAAUGAUUAUAAAUAUCAGUUUUUCAAAUUAAGUGUCUUGUUUUCCCUUUAAACUCCCUUUGAAAGCCAACCAUGCCCACAAUUAGGUAUUUCUGCUUUUCAAUUAAACGAAGGGGGGAAAUAUAUGAAUUCUUGCCAGCAAAUUGAACUUUUGCUUUAUAAGACAUUUGCUUUACAUAAUCCAGCUGUACACAGAAGAUUGCUUUGCUGUGGUGGACCUGCGGACACCCAGAAUGAUGAAAGAUUAUUCCUUGCAUAGAAAAUAAAUGUCUGGAUUUGCCAGCAAGGGCUUUAUGAAUGCACCCCAGUGCUGAGGGCUAUAACGCACUUUAUAUAUUCAGGGCCCAUUCAGAUGUACCUGUUCAUCACGCGUUCAUUAUUGUGGCAGAUUUCCCUUCUUGAGCCUUCGUUAGGGAUGGGAUGGAAAUUUGCACUUUCCAAAACAACGUGCAAAUCGAAACAGUGCCACCCUUCGAAAGUCACACGUCUCUGAAUUUUGCCAUGCAGUUUUCCACCCAUGUCAUGUGUGCAAAACUGCUGUUUGUGAAAAGACAAUACAACCGUGCAUUACAAUUGGGGGAAACUGCUUUGUAAAAAGGUGUAUAUUGGGAGAAAUUGCACGUCGACCUGGAUAUUAGGAUAAAUUUGCACUAAAAUGCUGAUCAGUUUUCAUGAAGACUUUUUUUUUUUGUAAUUACAAACUGAUGGGGAAAUGUGGAGAUGUGAACUUCAGAUUGAAAAAUGGGGAGAAAGCAAAAUGGAGGGAUUUGCUCACCUCUCGCCUUCAUACCAACGAAUCACAAGCAAUAGUAACAGCAAACACAUUCUGCCAUGUUGCUAGAAUGGCACCAUCCAUGCACAGGAAGGAGAUAGCAGCAAGUUUUGGGGAAGUCCAAGAUUUGCAGAAGUACAAGGAGGGCAUGCCUGAGGAAAGAACUACAAGGGUGAGGUAUCCCAAGGCAGUCCAGUGAGAAGUGAGGAUGCACAGGGGCCGCAGAAUUCUAAGUGCCCUUUGCAUGGUUGAGCAGAAACCCAGGGAGGAGGGGAAAGGGAUCGGUGUGUCCUGGAGAAGGUUGGCUUGCUGGAACCCCAAACGGGAGCACACCACACUGCAAUGUUUUGUUGCAGGUCCCGGCCAUAUCUCCGAAUGUUAACAAACCCAACACACCUGCAGUAGAGACAGCCUCAAAGAGAAUAAGAAAAGCCCAGACAGAGGAGCCUAAAGGUCUAUCGACUUCCGACAAUAGCUAACCGGAUGCUUUCAGGAACCCCGUCAUUGUCUGGUAUUCUGGACAUAGAGGCUCGGUUCAGCCAGGAUGACCAAUAGCCAUUGAUAGAGGUUCCACCAGGAAUUUGUGUGAGCCAUUUUCAAUCCACCCCCGGAAAAACAAACAAACAUCUGAGCUGGUGGUCAGAACAGCCGCUUGCCUUACUCCUCAAGUGAUGAACAUGCCUGUCUGAAUAAGUAGAAUAAGUAUGGGCUUAUAAGUAUGGGCUUAUAAGUAUGGGCUGUCUCCAACUGUCCCGCUCAAAGCAGACCCAUUGAAAUUAACAAACCUGCAUUCGUCAUACCCAUUAACUUCAGUGGGUCUCCUCUGAUGAGCCCUGAAUACCACUCUGUGUGUGUGUGUGUGUAUAUACAUGCAUAUAUACAUAUGUGCGCAUGAAUUUCUAUGUAUGGAAUGUGCACUGUAUUCCCAUCUACUGUACUGUACCUUGUUCUUGUUUAGCUCAAAGAUGCUUGGGUACGGAUGCAUUUGGAGUGUGAGCCUUUUGACUGUAAUUUAUUAGGGGUGUGUGCAGGUACGAGAGGGGACAGGGGAAAACUGGUAGAAAACUGACCUGUUUUUGUGGAUGUAACUUAGUUAUUUAUUUUGUUCCAAUGUUGUGUUCCCUACCCUUCCACUUGCUCUAAUUUUGAAGGUUAAAAAGAAUGUAGCGACCUGCGCUGGUUAUUUU